AUGAGUAAUGCUCAAACUUUACAUGGGCAAUCUCUCAUCAUGCAGUCUCAACCAUUGGAUAUCACCCCUAAUAUACAACGUUUCCAACAAGUAUCCCAGCAACCAUCAACUACUCCGAUGCAAAUUACUGAAGCUUAUUCUCAACCUGUACGGAAAAUUGUUUUUAAAAUAAUUGAUCCUAAUACAGGCCUUCAAUCAACUUUGAAUGAAAUAACUCCUGAUAAUAUACCUUCAAUAACUGAGCGUUUAAAGGCAUUGUCAAUUGACACUAUAGAGCGUCUAGAGAAAACUAUUGAUUUAGUUUUUGAAAAGGCAAUUGAAGAGAAAUCUUUUGCACAUCUAUGUUCAAUUUUAUGUUCAUCUAUGCAGUUAGUAGAAGUUAGUACUAAAUAUGGCCAAACAGCAUCUUUUAAAAAGUUAAUAAUAAGCAAAUGUCAAAGCCUGUUUGAACUAGACAAGGCCCAAGAAAUGGAUGCUGCUAAGAAACUCAUUGAAAUCAAUUCUUGCAAAAAUCCAAAAAAGAAAAAAGAACUUCAACUUGAAUUUGAAGAAAAUGAAAGAAGAUUACGCAAACGUUCUGUAGGAAAUUGCCGAUUUAUGGGUGAAUUAUUUAAACAAAAAAUUCUUACUCCAAAUAUUAUGCUGUAUUGCAUUGUGAAUUUAGUCACUAAACAUGAUGAAGUAUCACUCGAGUGUUUAUGCAUUUUAUUAAAGACAGUUGGAAAAGAACUAGAACAAUCUUACGAUUUAAAUGAUACUUUUGAUAAAUUAACUGCAUUAACAUUCAGCAACAUGAAAUCCAAGAUUUCAUCUAGAAUACAAUUCAUGAUACAGGAUGUCAUCGAUUUACGUAGGCACAAAUUUAUAUCUGAAAAACAAGAUCGUUAUCGAGGUGGUGGAUAUAAAAGUCACCGUGAAAAUAAGAAUGGAAUAAAUGUUUCUCAAAAUAACACUAAGUAUAAGAAACAACACUAUAUUAUUGACCAAUCUAAUCUACAAGGUUUUAAGGAAAACUCACCUGGUGGUGCAACCUUAAGCCCACCUAAAUGGUCAUUUACCACUGGUAAAAACAUGACAUUUACUAGCAGUAACUCAUAUUCAGUUCUUAAUGAUCAUAAAAAACCAUCAAAUUCUCCACAAAUUAUAUCAAAUAAAACCUCAACACGGAAGCUUCAGUUUCCUCGAUCCAUUCCUUCAAUAAAUUCUUCUAGUUCACGGCCUACAAAAUCUAUUGAAGAACCAGUAUCAGAAUUGGACUCAGAAAUAGUUAAUGCAAUUAAUUUGAAAUGUUUAAACCUCCUUUAUGAAUAUGAGCAAAUGCAAAAUUUAGAUGAUAUAAUUGAUUCAUUAUUGAAAGAUGAAACUUCAGUGAUCCAUACAAGAUAUGAAGCGUUUGUUAGAUCAAUGUCAUUUAUAAGUUUAGAUAAUAGUUCAACUACCCAAUCAACAGUAGCAGGAAAGAUUUUUGCAGAACUUGUAUCUAUACAAAUUCUAUCUAUGGACGCCAUAAUUCGAGGAAUUGAUGCUGUCCUUAAAGAUUCCAAUGAAUAUUUGAUUGAUUACCCUAAUUUUUUCUCUCAUAUUGCAGCCAUUAUUGCUCCAAUAUUGUCAUCACAGAAUGCUUCGUUCGAUUUCAAUAAUUUAAAAGAUUUUUGUACAUCUAUACGACCAAACACUUCUAGUAUAUUUUUUACCGAAGUAUUGAACGAAUUUCGUUCAAUAAAUUCUUCUAGUUCACGGCCUAAAAAAUCUAUUGAAGAACCAGUAUCAGAAUUGGACUCAGAAAUAGUUAAUGCAAUUAAUUUGAAAUGUUUAAACCUCCUUUAUGAAUAUGAGCAAAUGCAAAAUUUAGAUGAUAUAAUUGAUUCAUUAUUGAAAGAUGAAACUUCAGUGAUCCAUACAAGAUAUGAAGCGUUUGUUAGAUCAAUGUCAUUUAUAAGUUUAGAUAAUAGUUCAACUACCCAAUCAACAGUAGCAGGAAAGAUUUUUGCAGAACUUGUAUCUAUACAAAUUCUAUCUAUGGACGCCAUAAUUCGAGGAAUUGAUGCUGUCCUUAAAGAUUCCAAUGAACAUUUGAUUGAUUACCCUAAUUUUUUCUCUCAUAUUGCAGCCAUUAUUGCUCCAAUAUUGUCAUCACAGAAUGCUUCGUUCGAUUUCAAUAAUUUAAAAGAUUUUUGUACAUCUAUACGACCAAACACUUCUAGUAUAUUUUUUACCGAAGUAUUGAACGAAUUUCGUUCAAUAAAUUCUUCUAGUUCACGGCCUAAAAAAUCUAUUGAAGAACCAGUAUCAGAAUUGGACUCAGAAAUAGUUAAUGCAAUUAAUUUGAAAUGUUUAAACCUCCUUUAUGAAUAUGAGCAAAUGCAAAAUUUAGAUGAUAUAAUUGAUUCAUUAUUGAAAGAUGAAACUUCAGUGAUCCAUACAAGAUAUGAAGCGUUUGUUAGAUCAAUGUCAUUUAUAAGUUUAGAUAAUAGUUCAACUACCCAAUCAACAGUAGCAGGAAAGAUUUUUGCAGAACUUGUAUCUAUACAAAUUCUAUCUAUGGACGCCAUAAUUCGAGGAAUUGAUGCUGUCCUUAAAGAUUCCAAUGAACAUUUGAUUGAUUACCCUAAUUUUUUCUCUCAUAUUGCAGCCAUUAUUGCUCCAAUAUUGUCAUCACAGAAUGCUUCGUUCGAUUUCAAUAAUUUAAAAGAUUUUUGUACAUCUAUACGACCAAACACUUCUAGUAUAUUUUUUAAUGAAGUAUUGAACAAAAUUCAUUCAAUAAAUUCUUCUAGUUCACGGCAUAAAAAAUCUAUUGAAGAACCAGUAUCAGAAUUGGACUCUGAAAUGGCUAAUAAAAUUAAUAGGAAAUGUAAAAACAUCCUUCUAGAAUAUGAGCAAAUGCAAAAUGUAGAUGAUAUAAUUUAUUCAUUAUCGGAGGAUAAAACUUCGAUUAUCUGCACAAGGCAUGAAGAGUUUGUAACAUCAAUGUCUAUUAUUACUUUAGAUAGUAGUCCAAUUACUCGAACAUUGGUAGCAGGAAACAUUUUUGCAGAACUUUUAUCUAAGAAAAUUCUUUCUAUGGAUGCCAUAACUCGAGGAAUUGAUGCUGUCCUUAAAGAUUGGAAUGAUUAUUUGAUGGUUUACCCUCAAUUGUUCUCCUAUAUUGCUGCUAUUAUUGCUCCAUUAUUAUUAACACAGGAUGCUUCCUUCGAUUUUAAUAAUUUAAAAGAUUCUUGUACAUCAAUACGACCUGACAAUUCUAGUCAAUUUUUCACAGAAGUAUUAAAUAAAAUUCUUAGUUCCAAGGAAACUCAGAACAUUAAAGAACAACUAGAUGGUAUAUUGUGGAUUUACAAUAAGUGGAAUGCGUCAGAAAAUGUUACUCUUGACGCCUUUAUGCCUAACAACCAAAUAAAUAAAUAUUUAAAAAAAGACCAAAUCGGAAUAUUGAUUUUAUCUAUUGUCAUUUAUGAUAAAAUGAAGCUGACUAAUAAUAAACUACUGUACAAUACAUUGCAAAGCUGGAUAUGUACUAAUAUCUGUGAAGAAAUAAUAAAAAACCCUUUGUUUGUGAAAUCAUUAACCAUAGCUAUUGUCAUUGUAUGUUUGAAGUUAAAUCAUUCAUAUGAGGAUUUCUUUGAUCCUGUUCACUUGAAAUUGUUGAGCCAUUUUAUUGAAUUUGAACCACUUCCAGUACAUGAAAUCCAGGCACGACAAGUACAAUGUAUGUACGGCAUUCAAAUAAUGUCUGCUACUCUUAAACAUCCUAGAGGAAUGGUAUUAAAACUGUUCAAUAAACUCUAUCAUCAUAGAGUUAUAAGUAAAGAAUCGUUUGAACUAUUCAUACAAGAAUAUGAAGAAAUAACUGAAAAAUAG